GCUGUCGGACAACGCUCGUGCGUGGAGACAAAAGAGGCCCGCGGGGAGUCUCGCACGCGCGUUACGAGUCUUCGACGCGGCCAGUGCGCACCUGGGUCGCAUCGCCGCCGGAAGCGGCCAGAGAGAAAGCGGCACAUCGGCGGUCGCCGACGCGCGCUAACAGCGAUGAGCAAGGUGCGCAAGACCGACGCGGCGCCUGUGCCCAGGCGAGAUUCGAGGCGCAUGCAAGUGCUCAUGGUUGAGGACUUCGACGUGGCGCCGUCGUCCGUCGAAGAGGACGCGCCGAGGCGCCGGGAGGUGGACAACGGCGGCGUCGUCGUCGCCUCGGACUCCGACGUCGAGGAAAACUGCUCGGACGCGGGCGACGAGCGGCCGUGCAGGUCAACCGUCGCCGUUGACGAGAUACACUGGCCGCUGGGCGUGCUCCAGGAGCAGUUCCACAUCCUCCAAGAACGCAUUGUGGACGAAGUUCGGAGGGUGAUGAGGGAGGAGUUCUACGAAAUGCGCAUGUCCAUGGCGACGCCGCCGGAAUCUCCCGCGCCGGGCUCGCCGGUGCCGCCGACGUCGUUCGACGGCCAGUUCAAGGCGUUCGCGAAGUUCGGCGACAGCAAGAGCACGGGCGACGCCAUCACGCUCUCAAACAGCGACAAGUGGUUCAAGCAGGCCAAGGUCAUCGACGGCAAGAAGAUCACCACCACCGACACCGGCAUCUACUUCAAGCAGGUCGCAAAGACGAAGAAGGCGCUGAACCUGAAAGAGUACCAGCAGUUCCUGGAGGUGAUAGCGAAAAACAAGAAGGUCGAGGUGGAGGAGAUCAAGGACAAGCUGAGCACGUGCGGCCCGCCUGCCACGACACGCACCACGCCGGUGGCCACGGGCGGAGCUGUGGCUCGGCUAACGGACCACACCAAGUACACGGGCACCCACAAGCAGCGCUUCGACGAGACCGGCAAGGGUCGGGGCAAGGAGGGCCGCCAGGACGUUCCCGCGGACUCCGGCUACGUGAGCGGCUACAAGGACGAGGGCAACUACAACAAGACCCACUGAAGGCGCUCGCCGCGCUCGCGGGCACACCGACCCGUCCGGAAGCGCGGACAGGCACCACCCACGUGGCGCCCAGUGCAGCGAACGAGCAGCACGUCGUGGAGUCCCGCUGCUGCUGUCCACGGACGAGCCUGCAGGAGGCGACAUUGCAUCACGCGCGCCCUGCUUGCGGCACACGAUGCCUCCUUUUAAACUUUUUUUUUUUUCGUUUUGGAAACUGUGAUUCACGCUUAUUAGGCCUCAGCAGCCGCUUGGUGCAGGGAUUCGCAUAUAGCCGCUCACGGCACGCAUCGGCUUAUAUCUUUAGAAACGAGCGCCUUCCCCGUAAAGGUGAUCGAAAGGCACAGUUUCUUAAAAGUGGUUCGAAUGACGUUGCAAAGUGCGCCUGGCACGGCGAGAAUUAGAAGAGUGGAACAGAGAACGCUGCAGGAAAGGUCACAACCGUAAUGUACCAUAUUCACGCGUUAGCCAUCCUAUCUCCUACGAAGCUUGUUAUUAUCGGAAACUAACCCGCAAAAAGAAAAGUAUAACCUCCAAGAGUGCUAUACGCAGCUAUACUGUAUGAAGCAGAAAACGGGCAAACUUUGGCACCAAGAGUGCGCUCAUCCGCAUGAAUGUUUCCUUCCUCGAGGUUUGAAUGGGAGUCACUGCCCCGCAUGUACUUGCUGUGUUGCAGCCGUUUAUCCUGCUCACGGAAGCCUGCCAAUGUUUGCAAGCUGCGGUUUCACUUUCUCGAACGGCAAACAUUCAGUCCAUGGAAGUUGGUAAGGAUAUAAAUUGGGACCGUGGAAUGGGAAGCAGAGACUAUAAGCUUGGCGAUUUAAACGAAGGAAGCACACUUGAAUCGUCUCACCAUCAUCUUUCUGCAAUAUUGCACUGGUCUGAUCUCUUGUUUACUCUGCGCACGGAAAAAAAAAAGCAUCAGCCAUUUAUAUGCUUCCUAAACAGCAAACGUCUCGUGUUGCCAAACUAAGAAGUCUCCCAAAUGCCAUCGGCCAAAAAAAGAAAGAAAUAAACUUGGAUGCAGUUGUUUAUAGGGCCUAUAGUUAAUGUGCUUCCUUAUGUAACUGCCUAGCUUCAAGUUCAGAAAGUGGGAACGUAGCGUUUGAAAUCAGCCUCACUCAUUUGUUCACAGCUAUAUACAGGUAUAUACCGUGUCAACGCUUCUCUUGGUAGGAGGCUGUAAGACGGGGUAGUGUCAUUUUCUGUACAUCAAAUUAUGGCUUACAUGGUGGCGCCACACAAGAUUUUUAUACGAAGUUCUUACAGCUGACUUACACCCCUGUUCUGUGUUUAUUCAAGCUGUGUACUUUUCAUUGUUGUCGCUGUAGUGUUCAAUAAAAAGUGAAGCGUAUCGUGCA